GCAGCGGCGGCGAGCACAGGGUCCCCAGGCCGGCUGAGGUUUCGUGUUCGGUCCGGCAGGGGGCGGUAGCGGGCCGCGCCCCCGCCGCCAUGGACUUCCCCAAGCCCGGAGCCCAGCCUGGAGGAGGAGGAGGAGGAGCAGGCCCCGGCGACGGCAAGAUCGCCUACCCGCCCGGGGUCAAGGAGAUCACCGACAAGAUCACCAACGACGAGGUGGUCAAACGGCUCAAGAUGGUAGUAAAAACCUUUAUGGACAUGGAUCAGGACUCAGAAGAUGAAAAGCAGCAGUAUCUCCCACUAGCUUUGCAUCUUGCAUCAGAAUUCUUCCUCAGGAAUCCCAAUAAAGAUGUGCGUCUCCUUGUAGCGUGUUGUUUGGCGGAUAUCUUCCGGAUCUAUGCUCCAGAAGCUCCAUACACUUCCCAUGACAAACUUAAGGACAUCUUUUUGUUUAUUACAAGACAGUUAAAAGGUUUAGAAGAUACGAAGAGCCCACAGUUUAAUAGAUAUUUUUACUUACUAGAGAAUUUAGCUUGGGUAAAAUCUUACAACAUCUGCUUUGAGUUGGAAGAUUGCAAUGAAAUUUUUAUUCAGCUCUUUAGGACCCUUUUCUCAGUGAUAAAUAAUAGCCACAACAAGAAGGUUCAGAUGCAUAUGUUGGAUUUGAUGAGUUCUAUCAUCAUGGAGGGAGAUGGAGUAACCCAGGAACUGUUGGAUUCUAUUCUCAUUAACCUCAUUCCGGCACAUAAGAAUCUAAAUAAACAAGCAUUUGAUCUUGCAAAAGUCUUGCUGAAAAGAACAGUCCAGACGAUCGAGCCAUGCAUUGCCAAUUUCUUUAACCAAGUCCUGGUGCUGGGAAGAUCUUCAGUUAGUGAUUUAUCAGAACAUGUGUUUGAUCUGAUACAGGAGCUUUUUGCCAUCGAUCCUCAUUUACUACUGUCAGUCAUGCCGCAGCUUGAAUUCAAACUGAAGAGCAACGAUGGAGAGGAGCGACUGGCGGUUGUUCGUCUCUUAGCUAAAUUGUUUGGUUCGAAAGAUUCUGAUUUGGCAACCCAGAAUCGUCCUCUUUGGCAGUGCUUUCUUGGACGAUUUAAUGAUAUUCAUGUUCCCGUGCGCCUAGAAAGUGUGAAAUUUGCCAGUCAUUGUUUAAUGAAUCACCCAGAUCUAGCAAAAGACCUUACAGAAUACUUAAAGGUGAGAUCUCAUGAUCCAGAAGAGGCGAUUCGGCAUGAUGUCAUUGUUACCAUCAUAACGGCCGGCAAGAGAGACCUCUCCUUAGUCAAUGACCAGCUGCUUGGCUUCGUAAGGGAACGGACCCUAGACAAACGGUGGCGUGUCAGGAAAGAAGCUAUGAUGGGCCUCGCCCAGCUCUACAAGAAAUAUUGUUUGCAUGCAGAGGCAGGAAAAGAAGCUGCAGAAAAAGUGAGCUGGAUAAAGGAUAAACUUUUACACAUAUAUUAUCAGAAUAGCAUCGAUGACAAGUUGUUGGUAGAAAAAAUCUUUGCUCAGUAUCUUGUCCCACACAACCUGGAAACAGAAGAAAGAAUGAAAUGUUUAUAUUAUUUGUAUGCUAGCUUGGAUCCAAAUGCUGUAAAAGCACUCAAUGAAAUGUGGAAGUGCCAGAACAUGCUUAGGAGCCACGUUCGAGAGCUUUUGGAUUUACAUAAGCAGCCUACUUCAGAGGCGAACAGCUCUGCCAUGUUUGGAAAGCUGAUGACCAUAGCAAAGAAUUUGCCUGACCCUGGAAAAGCACAAGAUUUUGUAAAGAAAUUCAAUCAGGUCCUUGGUGAUGAUGAAAAGCUCCGGUCUCAACUGGAGUUAUUAAUCAGUCCCACAUGCUCAUGUAAACAGGCAGAUGUCUGUGUGCGAGAAAUUGCCCGGAAACUAGCAAAUCCCAAACAGCCAACAAACCCUUUCCUCGAGAUGGUCAAAUUUCUUUUGGAAAGAAUUGCCCCUGUGCACAUUGAUUCAGAAGCCAUCAGUGCGUUGGUGAAACUGAUGAACAAAUCGAUAGAGGGGACCGCCGACGAUGAAGAGGAGGGUGUUAGUCCAGAUACCGCUAUCCGUGCGGGACUUGAACUUCUCAAGGUUCUCUCUUUCACGCAUCCUACCUCGUUCCAUUCUGCAGAGACCUAUGAAUCUCUCCUGCAGUGCCUCAGGAUGGAAGACGACAAAGUAGCCGAAGCUGCCAUACAAAUUUUUAGGAACACAGGCCACAAAAUAGAAACAGACCUCCCCCAGAUAAGAUCGACUUUAAUUCCCAUUUUGCACCAGAAAGCAAAGAGAGGGACUCCUCACCAAGCGAAGCAGGCCGUCCACUGCAUCCAUGCUAUCUUCAGCAAUAAAGAAGUGCAACUUGCCCAGAUUUUUGAGCCCCUCAGCAGAAGUCUGAAUGCCGAUGUCCCCGAGCAGCUCAUAACGCCACUGGUCUCUUUGGGCCACAUUUCCAUGUUAGCACCGGACCAGUUUGCUUCCCCGAUGAAGUCAGUAGUGGCAAAUUUUAUUGUGAAGGAUCUUCUAAUGAACGACAGGUCUACAGGUGAGAAGAAUGGCAAACUGUGGUCUCCGGAUGAAGAGGUUUCUCCGGAAGUCCUCGCAAAGGUGCAAGCAAUUAAACUCCUGGUCCGAUGGCUAUUGGGUAUGAAAAACAACCAGUCUAAAUCUGCCAACUCAACUCUUCGGCUAUUAUCGGCUAUGCUGGUGAGCGAGGGGGAUCUGACAGAGCAGAAGAGAAUCAGUAAAUCCGACAUGUCUCGUUUGAGACUGGCUGCCGGGAGUGCCAUAAUGAAGCUCGCUCAGGAACCCUGCUACCAUGAAAUCAUUACCCCAGAGCAGUUCCAGCUCUGCGCCCUCGUAAUCAACGAUGAGUGCUACCAGGUGAGGCAGAUAUUUGCCCAGAAGUUGCAUAAGGCCCUUGUGAAGUUACUACUCCCAUUGGAGUACAUGGCAAUCUUCGCCUUGUGUGCCAAAGACCCUGUGAAAGAGAGAAGAGCGCACGCCCGACAGUGCUUGCUGAAAAACAUCAGCAUCCGGAGGGAGUAUAUUAAACAGAAUCCCACAGCUAAUGAAAAGCUGUUGUCUCUGCUGCCUGAAUACGUGGUUCCAUAUAUGAUUCAUUUGCUGGCCCAUGAUCCAGAUUUUACAAAACCGCAGGAUGUUGACCAACUCCGCGAUAUUAAAGAGUGCCUGUGGUUCAUGCUCGAAGUUCUGAUGACGAAGAAUGAGAACAACAGCCACGCCUUCAUGAAAAAGAUGGCCGAAAAUAUCAAACUCACCCGAGACGCCCAGUCUCCGGACGAGCCCAAGACAAACGAGAAACUUUAUACGGUUUGUGAUGUGGCCCUCUGUGUUAUAAACAGUAAAAGUACUUUAUGCAAUGCAGAUUCAUCUAAGGACCCCGUCCUCCCCACCAAGUUUUUCACCCAACCCGAAAAGGAUUUCAGUAACGACAGGAAUUACAUUUCAGAAGAGACGAGAGUUCUCUUAUUAACAGGAAAGCCCAAACCCGCCGGCGUGCUCGGGGCGGUGAACAAGCCCCUCUCGGCGACCGGACGACGGCCGUAUAUCCGAAGCACAGGCACCGAGGCGGGAAGCAACAUCUCUGGGAACUCUGAGCUCAGCCCCUCCGCAGGAAAUCGGUCCAGGGAGCCGUGUUCAGAAGCUUCGGAAACCGGGGUCAGUGAAAACGAGGAGAAUCCCGUGCGAAUUAUUUCGGUCACACCAGCAAAGAGCGAGCCUGGAAAGAACAAGGAAAUGAACUCUGAUCAGGCCGCCCAAGGCAACAUCAGCAGCGAGCGUGGAAAGAAAAGAACCACGGCUGCCGCUGGGACCGAGAACAUGCACCAGCAGCCAGACGAGAAGAAGGUAGAUGAAAGCGGCCUGCCCGGCCCUCCCAGAGCCAGGAGAGGACGGCCGCCCAAGUCCGAAUCUCAGGGCAGUGCAGCCAAAAGCGAGGAGACCGGGAAAGCAGCUGGCAGGGGAAGGAAGCGGGCGGCCGUCAGUCCCGAGCACCCUGGGGGUCUGGAGGCAGGUAACCCCAAAGCAUCCAGACUGCAGGACAUAGCCAAAAAAGCAACAGCAGCACAGAGGCACAUUGAUUUGCAAAGGUAAAAAAAAAGCUUCCCCGGAAAGGGCGGAAAUGAAGCCGCGGAUUCCCCGCGGCUCCCGUUCGCUCGGAGAGGGCCGUCGCGACCAACCCCGCGCCUUCCGUCCGGGAAGCCACCGCCUUCCACGCCCCCGAUGCAAAUGGAAAGUAGCGACCGGAGCGAAAGAGGGAGAGAUGGAGAGAGAAAGAGAGGAGAGAAGCUUAAAGCAACUGUACUCACUUUCCCCGGAGACUUUUUUUUUUUAUGAAAAGUCAAUAAUUAAGCAAAUUGCUUAACUCUUGGUUCCAGUUCCCGCAUAUCUGGAGUUGAAAGCCCGUUCCGCCCUUCAUUUCCACGCUGCAUUUUUUUUUUUUCCCUGAAGAAAGUCCCAGGAUGUCCUUACACUAACCCAAACCAAUCCAGGGUUUAGAGCCAGGUAGGUCCAUGCUACCGAGGAAAAGUAGAAGUUGACCGAAUCAGUUUUUUAAAGAGGGAAAAAAAGAAGAAAAAAAAAAAAUCGGGUUCUCUCUGCUUUUUCUGUUUGCGGCCUAUAUGUAUAAUUCUUUCCACCUGCCUACUUUUCUGCAAAAAUAAGAUGUACAGAUUUCAGUUUCCUGCUAUGAAAAGUCAUGUGGUGGCAGUUUUAUAAACGUUGCUUUCUGAUUUUCAUCCGAGUGGGAAAAUAAUCAAAGUUAUUGUUGAUUCGCGAGGAGGCAAUUCCUUUCUAAUUUUCCCCGCAUUCUAGUUUAAUAUAAUUUGCAAUAAAUGUACAUACUGAUCUUUGUUUUAUAAAACAUAUCGUUUCGAAAGCGUUUUUGCUCCGGCAGCCUUGGCCGCUGCUACCUUUCAAGGGAGCAGAGGCGCCUCCAGCAUCUGAUUCUGUGUCUGUCACCAGAUUUUUAUCAGCAUAAGAAACAAAAAAAAAAGGAAAAAAAAUUUUAAAACUAGUUGGACUUCGGCAGCUUUGUAAGGAAAGUCGGAAACGUUUAGGGUUGCUCUCGGUUUGAAGCACCGCGCCGGUUCUGUCCCCUCCCCGCCAUCCGGGCUCCUUUUUUUUUGUUUGUUUUUCUGUUUCUUUUAGAAGACCGUUGCAUCACUAUUCUGUUCAGCAUAGGUAAAGUGUACGCUUUUUAAGUACACGAGAUCCUAUUUAGGUUGGUUGCAUAAAAUAAACGCUUCUAGGUGUCACGUGGUAGUUUUUGCUUCUCAAUCGUCCACCUGGGGAGCGGAAGGGCAGCCCGGGCCCCUCUUUUUCCCGGCCCAAGGGCUCGGAGCGAGGCUCAGAGCUUCCUUCCCUAGAGUUACGGGCACCCUCGGGCCUAAAUGGCACGGGAUGUUGGGUCCGGCGAGGCGUGGAGGAGGGAAGGAGGCCCUUUCCCCCCCCCGGGUCGCCGCCCUGAAACCGCGCGGGCGGCCACCUUAUAUUUGUCUACGAAACCCCAGAGUUUUAUAGCCCUUUGAUACACGCCGUGUACAGUGUAUAAUAGUCUUACGUACUGUUGAAAUCGGGUGUUGCACUUUGGCUCAAGUUUUAGAAGUUUCUUUUUAAGGAGGAAAUCAGAAAACCGUGUAAUUUGUGUAAAAAUGCAGAGUGUAAAAUCUACCAUGAAACACUGAAGAGAUGCAUUAUUUCAAAUAAAACCCGGAAACGUAGCGCUCCGCC